AUGCCCACGGCUGUGACUUCGACUUCAACUCCAACUCCGACUCCGACUAAGACUUCGACUCCAACUCCGACUCCGACUAAGACUUCGACUCCAACUCCGACUUCGACUUUGAGUUCAACUUUGACUACAACUCCGGCUCCGACUCCGGCUCCGACUCCGGCUCCGACUCCGGCUCCGACUCCGGCUCUGGCUCCGGCUCCGGCUCCGGCUCCGGCUCCGGCUCCGGCUCCGGCUCCGGCUCCGGCUCCGGCUCCGGCUCCGGCUCCGGCUCCGGCUCCGGCUCCGGCUCCGGCUCCGGCUCCGGCUCCGGCUCCGGCUCCGGCUCCGGCUCCGGCUCCGGCUCCGGCUCCGGCUCCGGCUCCGGCUCCGGCUCCGGCUCCGGCUCCGGCUCCGGCUCCGGCUCCGGCUCCGGCUCCGGCUCCGGCUCCGGCUCCGGCUCCGGCUCCGGCUCCGGCUCCGGCUCCGGCUCCGGCUCCGGCUCCGGCUCCGGCUCCGGCUCCGGCUCCGGCUCCGGCUCCGGCUCCGGCUCCGGCUCCGGCUCCGGCUCCGGCUCCGGCUCCGGCUCCGGCUCCGGCUCCGGCUCCGGCUCCGGCUCCGGCUCCGGCUCCGGCUCCGGCUCCGGCUCCGGCUCCGGCUCCGGCUCCGGCUCCCUACGAUUUUUUGCCCAAUAAUCAAUCCUGGGACUUUUUUGAGAACUGUGACUUGCAGAACAACUAA